ACAUAUGCUAACCCGUCCUGAACGCCGUAAUGGUACUUUGAAACGCAUAACUAAGAGUCGAAAAGAAAUUGUCAAUAUCUGAUUUGACAGAUUCAUGCUAAUUGGUGUCUUGUAUAGUGGAUUGUGGCUAGAAUGUCCGCUACAGGUGGAGAACAGUCAAUGACGGCCAGCGCAUCGUGGCAUCCCACUGACCGGCAGCCGCCCGACCGCCCAAUUCAUUCCAUCACUGUCUGCGACCUCCAGCCAAUCCAAGAGCCAACCACCGGCCGUCUCUCCCUUCCCUCCGCAAGCACAGCAAGGCCUACCCUGCACUAUCGCAGCACCUUGGCUCAAGGCGCAAGAAGCAACGCCCAAGCCCAAUCUGCCCCUCUCAUCCGACUUCAACCUGCGACUGAAGGCUCCGAACAACACAGGCGAGCUUGGAAGCUUCCCCUCUUCCAUUCCCGCCACUGCAUCCUUAAAUCCUCAACACCAGAGGUCUUCUCGCCAACACACCAGUACCACACUACAUCGCCUUGGGACCUCCGACUUUACACGCGGACGCCAUUGCGACAACAUUACCACGUCACUCCUCCCACAUAUCGGACUCGACACUUGCCUGCUUGCUCCCCUCCAGACCGUCUUCCCAACACACCAUCCUCAACCUACCUACCCGAUCAUCAUCCCGCACCGCAACCGCACCGCACCGCACCACACCACCUUGCCGUUACCGCUACAGCUACCGCUACCGCUCGGCCCCCGUUCAGCUUGACGACGGUGUACGACGGCAUAGCUUGAGCUACGCCCCUAGCCUCCUUUUCCGACAUCUUUAUAUUUGUGGAUAUGCUUCGAAUGUCAGAUACAUCCCAAUAUGACCGAAUCACAGCUGAAACUCGAAGAUUGUCCGUCCCCUUUCCGUUUCCUGCCGGGCCUCGAGGCAGUCAACAGCUAAU